GCCAUGGCUCGGCGCGCGCGGAGGUAGCCGGGCGAGCCACCGGGAGCGCAGGGGCCGCCAUGGCCCGGCGGCGGCGCCGCGCCUGCAUCGCGCUGUUCCUGGUGCUGCUCUUCGCCUUCGGCACCCUCAUGGGUCUGCGCACGCUCAAGGCUCCGGACGGACUGCCGGCGCUGGGCCCGGGCCUGGAGCUGGCGCCCUUUGAGCGACGCCCGGAAGGAGCCCCCGCGCCCGCCGCCCGGGCCCCUGCCGCCCCCGCCGCGCCGCCGCCUCCGCCUCCGCCGCCCCGCACUGCCGGCCCGGGCAGCCCCCCGGGCCCGGCCCCCGCGGAGGCCGAGCCCGCCCCCGGGCAGAGUCUGCGCGUCUACUCGGACCUGCACGCCUUCUACUACUCGUGGUACGGGAGCCCGCGGCGCGAGGGCCACUACAUUCACUGGGACCACGUCAUGGUGCCGCAUUGGGACCCUAAGAUCUCGGCCAGCUACCCCCGCGGCCGCCAUAGUCCUCCCGACGACUUGGGCUCCAGCUUCUACCCGGAGUUGGGGCCCUACAGUUCUCGGGACCCCGACGUGCUGCGGGAGCACAUGACCCAGCUCAAGGAAGCUGCCAUCGGCGUCCUGGUCCUGUCCUGGUACCCACCUGGCAUGGCUGAUGAUAACGGGGAACCCUCAGAUGACCUGGUGCCCGCCAUUCUCGACACCGCCCAUCAGUACAACAUCCAGGUGGCCUUCCACAUCCAACCCUACAAGGGCCGGGAUGAUGUCACUCUGCAUGACAACAUCAAGUACAUCAUUGACACGUAUGGCUCCCAUGGUGCAUUUUACCGCUAUAAGAACAGCAUGGGCAAGAGCCUCCCACUCUUUUAUAUCUAUGACUCAUACCUGACGUCUCCUGAGGCCUGGGCUCACCUCCUGACACCCAGUGGGCCCCACUCCAUCCGUAACACCCCCUAUGAUGCAGUCUUCAUAGCGCUGCUGGUGGAGGAGGGCCACACCCACGACAUCCUGGCCGCCGGGUUUGACGGCAUGUAUACCUACUUUGCCUCCAAUGGUUUCUCCUUCGGCUCCUCCCAUCAGAACUGGAAAGCUGUGAAGAACUUUUGUGACGCCAACAACCUCAUGUUCAUCCCCAGCGUGGGGCCUGGCUACAUUGACACCAGCAUCCGGCCCUGGAAUAACCACAAUACUCGGAACAGGGUCAAUGGCAAGUACUAUGAGACGGCCCUGCAGGCAGCCCUGACCGUGAGGCCCGAGAUUGUCUCCAUCACCUCUUUCAACGAGUGGCACGAGGGCACCCAGAUCGAGAAGGCCAUUCCCAAGAAGACGCCAACACGUCUGUAUUUGGACUACCUGCCUCACCAGCCCAACCUGUACCUGGAGCUGACUCGCCGCUGGGCAGAGCACUUCAUCAAAGAGAAGGAGCAGUGGCUGAUGUGAGGAGCCUGCCGACGGCCAUGAGGUGCCCAUGUCCUGGCCUCACUGGAGGGUGUCGCUGUGUGGGGCCCAGCUAAGGUUGUAGGCACUCGCCGGUCUCCGGUUUGGCAGCGGGGCGCCUCUGGGUGGGGCCAUCAAGCCUGGGCCCACGUGGAACACAGCCUGUUCCUCGGGCAGGUGGUGCUGGCGUGCUCUGCAGUUGACAGGAAACGAGGCAGGGUUCCAGAGACGGAACCACAGAGGCUGGCAGGUGACUGGAUUUAGCCCAGGGCAGCUCCCUAUCCUAACACUAAAAAAAUAGUCCCUCCUAGCUUGGAACUCAGCAGGCCGCCAGGUCACUGCUCUUCGGAGCGGUCAGGGCUCUGGGCUAGCACACGCCCUGCUUCCUCUUCAGCCUUCUUCCCACAGCGUCUGUCUUCUCCGUGUUAGGGAACCGUAUUUGAAAAGGGAAAUUCUAGAUUUAAGCCCUUCCCGGUAGACUCCUGAACCCAACGAUCAGGAAAUACUCCUGAGCAUUCAUUCAUUCAACACACCCUAACUGAGCACCUUUUACUGUGUGCUAGGCGCUGGGGAGGAACUUGACCUGGAAAGGUUCCUUUUCUUCCAGCAGCUUACAGGAUCCAGCUUUCCUUCUUUGGUGUGGCCUUGUAGCUAGUGCCUGAGCAGAGUUUUCUUUUUGCAGUUUUACCCAGCGCUGGGAGUUGUUCCUUUUCCUCUUAAGAAAAUACCUCUGUGCCCCAGAGCCUCCAUUUCCCCAGAUGACCAUUUAGCUCCAGGGAGAGGACUAGGACAUCGCCUCUUCCCUCGGCUGCCUAAACUGAAUGAGGCCCACUCAGUCGAGCCAUUUUCAGUGCUGUGAUUUGUACCAAUUAAAUAUGAUGUGGUAUUCUCAA